AUGUAUGAUGUGAUUUGUUUUAUUUGUUUGUAUCUGUGGUUAUUGUUUAUAGUAAUCGGAAAUAAUAUCUUCUUAUUAUGUGCAGGAGAAAUUUUAAAAAAAGUGGAAUGUGAAGGUAUUUUAAUUUACGACGAUAUAAUAAAUAUAUCCAAAAAAAAUAAAGAGGAAUAUUUAGAAGGAAAAAAAAAAAAAAGUAGAGAUAUAUUUCCUAUACCAUAUUUUAUUAUAUACAAAAAUGUGAAUAAAAAUGUAUUUUCUUCAAAUGAACAUUAUAAUGGUUUAUCUGUUUUUAUGAAGCAUAAUAUAAAUAGAAGAGAAAAAAUUGAAGAAGAAAAACUAAAUGUAUUAAAUAAUUUUUUAUAUAAAAUAUAUAAUACAGAGAAAUAUGGAAAAGAAAUAAAUAAAUAUAUAAAGAAUAAUAUACAGAAUGAUAUUAAUGUGUAUAUAUCUUUUUUAAAAAAGAAUAAGAAAGCAUUAUUUUUAAAAUCGAGUUUGUUAGAAAGUCUUUAUAAAAAUUGUAAAUCUAUACAUUUAAAAGACAACCAUUAUGUAAUAAAUAAAAAUUGUUUAUCUCAUAAAUAUAUUUUGUUUAAUUGGAUAGAUGAAGAUGUUUUUUUCAAUAAAUGGAAUGAUAAUAUGAAAAGAUAUGAUAAUUCUUCUUCGAUAUAUAAAUGUCCAAUAUUAUCAUUUAUUCAUAUAGCUAAAAUAGAUUUGAUAAAGGCUUCUUUUCCAUAUUUUUUAAAAUACUUUUUUCUUGAUGUUUUAAAAAAAAAAAAUGAAAAGGCAUAUAAUUUAUUCCUUUUUUUUAUGAACAAUAAAAUUAUAAAGCAUGUAGUAAUAAACAUGUUUGUAGACAAAAGGAUGGAAAAGGAUAAAGAUAAAUAUAAAGAAAAAGAUAAAGAAAAAGAUAAAGAUAAAUAUAAAGAUAAAGAAAAAGAUAAAGAUAAAUAUAAAGAUAAAGAAAAAGAUAAAGAUAAAUAUAAAGAUAAAUAUAAAGAUAAAGAUAAAUAUAAAGAUAAAGAUAAAGUAAAAGAUGAGGAACAUAAAACAUAUAAUUUUAAGAACCAUUAUUAUAAUAAAUAUAUAUUUAAUAUAUCUUUUAAUAUAUAUAUAAAGAAUUACAAAACUUUGGAUAUGUUAUCUCAUUUUUUCAAUAAAUUUGUUUGUUACCAUAAAAAAAAUAAUAUAUUUCUUAUGAAUAAUAAUAGUAAUAGUAAUAUAUAUAUUUAUUUAAAAAAUAAAAAUCAAAUUGUUUAUCAUAAAAAUCAUAUAUAUAAUUAUGGUAUAGAAAAAAAUUUGUAUUUUAUUCCAUAUAUUUUUUUAAGUUUAUAUGAAGAAGAGGAAGAAAAGAAAAAACCGGUGAAUAGAUUUUUAUUUUUUAAUUACAGAGUAGAAAACUUAUUAAAUAUGGUUGAGAUAUUUCAAAUAGGGAUGCAUGGAGAAAAAGAUUACUUUUUAUAUAAGGGUGAUGAUAAGAAUAUGGAUGUAAAUAUAAACAUGAUGAGUUUUAUAUUAACGAGAGAGGAAAUAUCACCUCAUGAAAAUAAUGAGAAAAAAUAUAAAAGUGAUGACAAUAAUAAUAUUGAAAGGGAAGAUAUAUAUAUGUUUAAAAAUAUAAAGAAAAUUAAAGAAACAAAAGAAUCAUAUAAAAAUAAUAGUUUAAAUAAAAAUAUAAAAAGUAAUAUUAUAAUAGAUAGAAUAGACAUUAAUAUGAAGAAAAAGGAUUCAUCUUUUUUAAAAUGUAAAAUGAUUAUUAGAGAUUUAUAUGGUAAUAAUAUAUUUAUAGAUAGAGAGAAAAAAAUAAAUAAUAAUAUACAUUGUCCUUUUUUAAAUAUAGAAAAUUAUAAAGAAGAUUCUUCUCACUUUAUGACAACAUAUGUGCAUGACAUAAUAUUUGAAGACAAAAAUAAAAUAAAUACAACUAAAGGGAAAAAUAUUAAUACUUUAUAUAAUAACACUAUAUAUAAUAAUAAUAAUAUUAUUAAAUAUCUUAUCAAUAAUGAUAAGAACAACAAAAUAGAAGAUAUAAAAAUUUAUUCAUAUGAUUAUAUCAACAUAAAUUAUAAUACAUUAUUACAAAAUAGAUAUGUGGUUCCAUGUUUAAAAAAAAAAAAAAAAAAAAAUUAUAAUAAUGUUAAUAUAUAUAAAUAUAAUUAUUAUAAUAAUAUAUAUAAUAAGGAUAUGUUAUGUACAGAAUAUGAUAUAUAUGAAUUGUCUGAUGGGAAAAUUUAUUUAAAUUGUAGUGAGCAAAAUGAUAAAAAUAAAAAUAAAAAUAUAAUCAAUAAUAAUAAUAAUAAUAUAUGGAAUAAUAUAAAUGAUAAGGAUAAAGAAGAUAUAAAAAUAUAUGCUGAUAAAAAAAAUGUUUAUAUACAUAAAAAUUAUGAUAAUGAUAUGUUAAGUAUAUAUACAUAUGAUUUUUAUUUAUAUCUAAAUGAAAUAUCUUUUCCUUCUUUUUUUUUUCAAGAACAAACACAAUUUCAUUCUGAACAUAUAUGCAAUGAAACCUUUUUAAAUAUACAAGAAAAUACUUACUAUCAUAAUUCAUAUAAUACUAUCUAUGAUCUUAAACUUGUCAAUAAUUUUAUUUAUAUACCCAAUACAAAUAUAACAGAAGCAAAUAAUUAUAUAUUCAAUAUAUAUAAUGUUUAUAAUAAAAAUAAAAUAUUACAUAAUGUUUUAAAAGUUAAUUAUAUGGAAAAAAUAAAUUAUCCUAUUUAUUAUGAUUUAUAUUAUAAUACAACAGAUUUUUAUGUUAAUACCACUUAUAUAUAUUCAAUACCACGAGGGACUCAUAAUAUAAAUUACAUCUUCUAUAUAACUACUUCUACUAUAUUUAUUUUAAUUUUUAUAACUUUUUAUAUCAUCUAUAAUUUUUAA